AUGGCGAAGGUGGUAGAGGAGAAAAACGCUAGGGAGAAUUGUGAUAAAAGAGAUGCAAAGAGAAGAUGGGAAGGAUCGAACAAGUUCAACAAGAAACCAAAAUGGACUCCGACUCUGGCAAAAACACGAAGCGAGGGAUUCACUAUUCCUCCAUGUAACAAAUACAACAAGAGCAUAGGGGGAGAGUGCAGAGCAGGGAGCCUGACAUGCUACAAAUGUGACAAACCUGGGCAUACCGUGCGGGAGUGCCCAGAAGGAAAAACUUGUUAUGAAUGUGGGGCUAUGAGACAUUUACGACCUGACUGUCCAAAACAUCGAAAUGGUGCGACACCCCACGUAAAGACAAUGAAUAACGGGUUUGGGAAGAGAUCAAAAAAUAGGAAGGAGCUACCUAAGGGACACAGCCGAGCUUACAACAUGACUUUGGAGAAGGCCAAGGAAACACCCGACGUCGUAUCUGGUAUGUUCCCUAUCAACAAUGUGUAUGCACAUGUAUUAUUUCAUUCGGGUGAAAAUGGUAGUUUUGUGUCUACUACCUUCUGCCACUAUCUGAAUUGGAGUGUCUAUAGGCUAGACAUAGCCUACACUGUAGAAACAGCCGACGGUAGUCAGUGUAAGAUAGACGAAGUAUUUGAUGAAUGCACAAUUGUUACAGAUGGUAAGGAUUUCCCUGUUAGGCUUAUGCCAAUGUGUUUAGGGGGUUUUGACGAGGUCUUGGGAUGGGUUGGUUGUCUAACAAUCAUGCGUAAAUAG